AUGCUCGCGGCCGUGGCACCUCGUGGCCGCCAGGCGCUACUCGCCCCCGCCGCGGCGCUGGGGCCCCGCGCGCUGCCAGAGCCGCGGUGCUUGGACCGCGCGGGCGCGCAGCUCCUCGCGCGGAGGUUCGGCCGGGGAGGCAGUGGCGGUGGUGGUACCACCGACGGGCCAUUCCGGCACCUGAAGCCUCGGUUCACAGAGAAGAAGAAGCACUUUAAUGAGGUGCUCGUGCUGGCGGACAGGGUGAAGUUGCUGGAGACAGCACAGGACGUCCUCAACGAGCCCGAGCGCCAGUUCCCGCGCCCGUUCUGGGAGGUGAUGGCGAAGCGCUGCAUACAGUCCAUGCACCUGUUUCGGCCCCUGGAGCUGGCCAUUGUCACGCGGAUGUUCGACGUCCACCAGCCGGGCAUCCGGAGCGGCCUGGACGUGUACGGCCAUGCGGCGACGCAGGCCCAGGAGGCCAGCGGCAUCCCCGGCCACGCGCUGCUCGUCCUGUCCGACGUGUUCCCGCGGCGACUGAAGAGCCCGGCCAAGCUCCGCGACGUGAUGGCACACCUCGGCAGAGAGGCGGCGGACGCCCUCUGGGAGCUGUCGGCGGCGCACGCCGUGCGGGUGCUGGGCGCGGUGGGCAGCGCCGGCGUGCGAGACCCGGCCCUGUGUGGCCGGGUGGCGGCGAAGCUGUGGGCGCAGCUCCAGGCGGAGCCCGGCGCCCUGGAGCUCGAGGACCUCGCGGGGGCCGCCGCCGCCCUCGCGGCGCAGGAGCACCGCGACGUGCCUCUGCUGCGGGAGCUCGCCGCGCGCACCGCGCAGCUCUGCGCCGCGAGCCCCGCGGGCGCGGAGGCCGCGCGCGGCGUGCUGGGCAGCCUCGCGGCCCUGGGCGUGGAGCCCGCCCCCGAGGCGUUGCAGGCGGCUGCCGCUGCGGCGGCGUAG